AUGGGAGGCUCAGAUGACAAGCAAGAACCAUGGGGCCUUCGAUGGCGAUCGUCCACAUAUUUCAUUGUCGCCGCAAUGGCAGUCGCCUUGCUCACUGACAUGUAUCUCUAUGGAUUCCUUGUUCCGCUACUUCCUUACGUACUGGAGCAUCGACUAGGACUUGAUGUCUCACUCACUCAACGUAUCAGCACAGCGCUGCUAUCCCAAAGUGCGCUUAUCAUGGUCAUUGCAAGUCCCUUGAUCGGAUCCCAUGCGGAUCGGUCGGGCGCCAAACGGGGCUGGCUGCUGUUCGGCCUAGGAGGUGCUCUGGUGAGCUCUUUGAUCAUCGCAUUGGCGAGUUCAUUGUUCACUCUCUUUGCCGGGCGUCUUUUACAGUCCGCGGCCAGUACAGUCAUCUGGGUUGUAGGCUUUGCAACCCUUGCUGACAAUGUCCCUGCCGACCAACUGGGCAAGAUGUAUGGCUUCGUAACUAUCGCCGUUGCCAUAGGCACAUCGGGCGGUCCACUUGUGGCCGGUGUACUGUUCGAUUUUGGUGGCUACUGGGUAGCCUGGUCAAGCGUACUCUUCGUCAUUGUGUUCGAUGUGAUCCUGCGAUGUCUCAUGCUGGAGCAACCGCGCGGUCAGAGGGAGAUCUCUCGCCCGGAGCGGGAUGGUCAGGACCCAGAGAGGGAUGCACUCCUGCCGCCAUCAACCCCGGAGCAGCCGAUAACCGGCCAAGAUAGGGUUACCGAAAAGACAGGGAUACAUUUCUAUUUAUGCAUGUUUGGCAACGGUCGCUUCGUCGGCGGCGUCGUGAGUUAUUUUUGCUAUGCCGUUUUGACCACCAGCUUCGACGCCACGCUCCCUCUCCAUGUGCGUGAUGUAUUCGGGUGGGGGAGCCUCCCCACGGGGCUGUUGUUCGCCGCAUUCCAAGGUCCGGCUAUCUUUCUCGGUGUUCCUGUUGGCUGGCUGAAAGACCGGAUUGGUACUCGGAACCCGACCACGAUCGGUUUCGCUCUUCUGGCGCCUCUGAUUUGGCUGAUGGCUGUUCCCGGUGACGAACGGUUCCCCUGGGCAAGCCCGGAUGGGUUUGGUGCGAUCAUCUACUGCGCCGCGAUGCUUAGUAUCGGUGUUGUGAUAUGUCUGCUCAAUGGAGUGGGCAUGAUGGAAGCCACUCAAGCUGUUGAUGAAAUCCAGGAGAAAUAUCCUGGUAUCUUUGGCCCGAAUGGAGGGUAUUCCAGGGCGAUAUCAGUGUCUAGUAUCAGCUGGACAUCGGGGAUGUUUGUUGGUCCCAUCAUCGCUGGUUAUGGGACGGAAACAGUCGGGUUCUAUGGAAUCAAUUGUGUAUUGGGUCUCGGGGAUGUGCGCGCUAUGUUCUUUCAUCGCGUUUUGGAACUUGAAAUCAUCCGUGCCCCAGCGAUCGACCCGUCAGAAGCGUUCUGA